GCACUUUGUUUAAUUUUUUUGGUUGUGUGUUAGUUUGAACAAUGGAAUUUUUGCAGAACGCUGGGAUCCGCGUUUCUCGAUCGCAGCAACAACCACCAUUUAUUUCCCAUUCUUCUUCUUCCUUCCUUCAUUUUCUUUGCCUCUAAUCCAAUUCUCCAUUUCCCUUUCACUGAUUAUACAUUAAGGUUGUGAGAUUUGGAGAAUUUCGUUUGUAUACAAUGAUGGCUGCGAGGGAACAUCAAACGGUGCCGCUUUCAGUGUUGCUAAAGAGAGAACUAGCGAAUGAGAGAGUAGAGAAGCCUGAAAUAGUGUACGGACAAGCGAGUCAGAGUAAAAAAGGAGAGGACCUUACAUUGGUUAAAACGGAAUGUCAACGAGUUUUUGGCGAUGGUGUCAGCACUUAUUCAGUUUUUGGGUUAUUCGAUGGACAUAAUGGGUCUGCAGCUGCAAUUUAUACAAAGGAGAACCUGUUAAAUAAUGUUAUAGCUGCAAUGCCACCAGAUCUUAGUAGAGAUGAAUGGGUAGCUGCAUUGCCCAGGGCUUUAGUCGCCGGCUUUGUUAAAACGGAUAAAGAUUUUCAAAUGAGAGCACAAACAUCAGGUACAACCGUCACCUUCAUGAUUAUAGAAGGGUGGGUCAUAACUGUCGCAUCUGUUGGUGAUUCUCGCUGCGUUCUUGAAUCUGCUGAAGGUGAUGUUUAUUACUUGUCAGCAGAUCACAGACUUGACUGCAAUGAAGAGGAGAGGGAUCGCAUUACUGCUAGUGGGGGUGAAGUGGGACGACUAAAUACUGGUGGUGGUGCAGAGAUUGGCCCUUUGAGAUGUUGGCCUGGUGGCUUGUGUCUUUCACGAUCUAUUGGAGAUUUAGAUGUUGGCGAAUACGUUGUUCCUGUUCCUUAUGUCAAGCAAGUCAAGUUAUCCUCGGCGGGCGGUAGGCUUGUUAUCUCAAGUGAUGGUGUCUGGGAUGCUUUAUCUGCAGAAAUGGCUCUUGACUGUUGUCGUGGGAUGCCAGUAGAAGCUGCUGCCACACAAAUUGUCAGGGAAGCAGUGCAAUCAAAGGGGCUUAGGGAUGAUACAACAUGCAUAGUGAUUGAUAUAUCACCACCCGAGAAACCAGUUGCUCCUUUGCCAGCACCAAAGAAGCAGGUAAAAGGAGUUUUGAAGGCCAUGUUUCGCAGAAAGUCACACGAAUCAUCCUCUCAGGCUGAUAAAGAAUAUGUUGAGCCAGACGUGGUCGAGGAAUUAUUUGAAGAAGGAUCAGCCAUGCUUUCAGAAAGGUUAGAUACGAAAUAUCCGCUGUGCAACAUGUUUAAGUUGUUUAUGUGUGCAGUCUGUCAAGUAGAGAUAAAACCUGAAGAGGGUAUUUCAAUACAUGCUGGCACAUCGAAUUCAAGAAAAUUGCGUCCCUGGGAUGGCCCUUUCCUUUGUUUAAGUUGCCAAGAGAAAAAGGAAGCCAUGGAAGGGAAAAGAUCAUCAGGAGAUAGACAUAGUAGUGAAAGUGACUAGCAAGUUAUCCUACCACAUUUGCGGUACUCGAGCACUAACAAUUGUUUUCAAGUUUAACAGCAAGAUGGAACUUUGACACAUUAUUAGCCCGCCCCAUCAAUUCUUUUGACGGGUUUUGAGCCUUUUGUGUUAAAAGGACCUAUUCAAUUUUUCCCCAUUAUUGCCGUUCUUCAAGUCGGAAGAUCAGAGUUAUAGUCAUCUGCAACUUUCAAGAUUUGUUUCUGACCCGAAGACUUGCGAUAAGCUCAACAGUGCACAUUGACAUGUCACAGGUUCUUUAUUUCCCCAUUUGAGUCUAUUCUUCUCGAAUUUGUAGAGCUAACAUCACAUUAAACAGCCUUCCUGUGUAAUAUCGUUAUAUAGUGAGAUUGAUAAAUCCCUGAUACAUUGUAGUCUGUCAAGAACUUGUGUGAUCAGCCUUCUUUAUGAAUGUGUUCAUGUAGUAGAUUUUGAAA